UUGUAGGUGUGUGUGUUGUACUUCGCUAAGAGCGCCGAGCUCAGCGGCCUGAGGGAGGAGCUUUUACAAGUGGACACACCGAUCAGCAGCCAGGAACUUUGGACCCGGUUGCUACGGCAACACCCCGGAUGGCGGCGCCCGAGAAGGGGAAGGACAUCUUCAAGCUGAGCCGCGAUCGUCUGUCGGUGGAGGAAGCGGCGGCGGCCGUCGGCAGCGCUUCCUGCGGAGCCGUCGCUCUCUUCAUAGGGACGACGCGCGAGGACCGGCCGGAAGGCAGGAAGGUGAUGGGCCUGGAGUACGAAGCGUACGAGGCCAUGGUCCACUCGGAGCUCGCCAGGCUGUGCCGGGACAUCAGAGCGCGCUGGCCCGCCGUCGUGCACAUCUGCGUGCACCACCGCCUCGGGUGGGUGAAAGUGGGCGAGGCCAGCGUGGUGGCGGCCAUCUCGUCGCCUCACCGCCGCGAAGGUCAGCAGGCGAUGGCGCUCCUGCUGGACGGGCUGAAGGCCGGCGCCCCCGUGUGGAAGAAGGAAGUGUACGAGGACCGCCGGGCCAGCUGGAAGGAGAACGCCGAGUGCGCCUGGGCCGGCGGUUGCCGUGGAAACGCAAGCCCCGACACACCCUGAUUGCGCAAUAAAAGCCUGCAAAAGGUG